AGACAAGGCUGUAGUGAGGGGAAAUGCAUGAUGACUUCGUUGGUUGAGGAAGAGGUUCAGGUGAUUCUCAGCCUCAUGGUCUAGUGAUCAAUAGCUCGGGGCCAUCCUGGCAUCCGCGUACCCGUGCUGCCGUCUGUAACCCCGCUUGUUCCCGCCUAACCGUGAGCAUCACCAUCAUUAGCUCAACGGCCAAUUCCGCAUUCUUUUGUGAGGUCAAAGAAGUGAAGCUAUUCUCAACAUCACUAGAUGGAAGCAUUUUGACGCAAGGCACAGCCGUAUUUUAGCAGUAGUUAACAUCUAAAAAUACCAAUCAAAACCGCGCUUUGGCAAAUGCGGUACAACGUUGCAAAAGGUGAGCGCCACGAUCGGUGGCUGGUUACCUCAAAAAUUGGCUGGAUCCGGAGGUCCCGAACGUUAAAUCUGACCGCUUGCGUGACAAUCCAACACGAGGCAUAUUUGAAUAUGAUCGCUAGACGAGAGGAUAUUCAAUCUUUGAAUAAGCCACUGUGGCUAGAAACUUGACUGUCACUUGGCGAUUCUUAAUAGCGCCGGAUUGUUCAUUCAAUUUAUCUCGGCAUUCCUCCCCUCGUAUAGCCAAAAUGGAGCUGCAUUCCAGGGACUGAACUGAAGAAAUGGAACGAUUUACUCCACGGAAGAAUUCUUCUAGCCUCAAGAACCAUUCCCGCCGACAUCCAAUCUCAUUACAGCUGCAUGACCUCGAGUUGUUCCAGAAGCAUUUGGAUCAUCGAACCAGUAAUCGUGCACGACUUCAAAUCCCGACUUCUCGUAGCAUUUCAUAGCCGCGACAGAGUUGAAAUUGACCAGAAGAACCAGCAUAACCUUUUUGCCCUCAUUUUGCCUUGCUGCGAGUUCCUUGGCAUAUUCAAUCAGCUUGUUCGCCAAGCCCUUGCGCCUCUGAGACGGAGGAACGUAAAUCGCGUUCAGGACGUAAGCCGACUCGAUCUCAUCUGCAAUCGGACCAAAGUAAAGACUUCCAGAUUCGAAUUUCUGCCGAUCUUCCCAUGUUUUGGCUGCUGUCUUGGCUUCGAGUGGGCCGUAGAGAAUAAGCGAUGCGAGCCAUGGUUGGUUCAGAAUCAGUGAGAGGUCGUCAACUGUGCCUGGGUUUGGGUCGAAGACGAUGAUGAUGCUCGAUGCAAGUGGGUUGCUUAGACGGGCUUCCCACGUGUCCUUCGUGAAAUUCGCUUCGCGAGCAUAGUUUGAGCUGAAAGACUCGGGGGAUUGUUGCAGAGAAAGCAGGCGGAAAUUUUUGGACUGGUCCACGAGUUUGUCCCAUUGACUUGGGUCGGACAGCGACUUUGGCAGAGUUAGAGCUUUGAGAGACAUCUUGAAGCUUAUUUGACUUGUGUUGAAUGUAUCUGGGCGUUUGGCGGCCUAAGUAUGUUGGUUGAAAGUCGAUGUCCGCUGCUUAUGACUCAUUCGGAUCACGCAAUCGUGCAUACCAAUCAGGCAGCCAUCGUAAAUCCCAAGAUACCAACGAUAUGAUACUCAAUUCACACUCGUCGCGAUCCUCGAAAUCACGUAUCCCAAAGCUUAUUCAACAAAGUGCUGGUUGGCCAAGCAUGAUCACGCUCAAGCAACGUCACCAACUCCAUAAUCGCAGCCUGUUCGCCCGGAUCUUGGAAAUACUCGCCACACAUGGACAAUCCAACAGCAGCAGUCACCAUUCCCUCUUGGCACCACUUCUGUGACAUGGCCAAACCGCAAACACGUCUAGUCGCUUCUCGCAUAAGCUCUUCUAGUGCUUUGUGCGCAGCUCUGCCGCCGAUGCCGAGUUGGAUCUUGGUAUCAUGCACGGCAAGAACUAUACGUGCUAGUUCGAUGUGUUGGAGGGCUAGUAUCUGGCAUGGACUGGUUAUCCAGUAUUCGGGGAAGUAUCGACCUUCUGAUGGGUUGCGUUCGCGGUAGUAGAGCGGUGCGAAAUGAGGAGGUCGUUCCUCGUCCCAAUUUCUCUGGAAGUCUUUGAUAGCUUCCCAUUGUUGGGACCGAGUUCGGUUAUCGAUUGGCUGUUCGUCGUCGUCGUCAUCUGGGUAGCAGAAUUUGAGGACGUGGGCACACCAGAUGAGAACUCGGUUGGUCCAGUCAUAGUCAUCAGCGGCCGAGGUAUCAUCAAAAAUUCCAUAGUUCUCGACAGGGAGGAUCGGUAGUCGGAAUGGACGGCGGUGCAUGAGAACCGACCAGAUCUCUUGACGAAGUGCAAUAAGACAAGCUGAGAAUCGAAGAGACGAAAGCGACGUUGCAUAGACAUCUGAUCUGCGGGGAGGUUGAAGAAUUAGGUGCAGGAGCCCGUCUGCGUCGUUCUGAGAAGCCUGGAAUACGGCACGGACAGCAAUGGAGAAAGUCUCGUUAUCGGUGCCGGUAAAGUGAGCUAGGAUAGUGUCAGAAAUGGGCGACACGAGGGAAAGGAAUUCUUACUGUCAACCUGCUCAUGAUAUCUCAGUAUGGUAAUGGCCGCUAAAGCAUCAUCACUGCAUGAAUUGAUCGGAUCUGCGGACACCCCCAUCAGAUGCGAAAUACAUUUGUUAUGAUAGUGUAUAGCCGAUUCCUUAUGCAGAUGCGGGAGCUUCAUGCCUGCAUACUCGAUGAUGCUGUCAGGAUUUUGAAUUGACGAGACACGAGUGAGGAAGCGUGCAGAGGCGGUGCAUAUAGCAUUGAGAAGAAGAGGGCUAUGCACGGCGCGGAGAGGUACAACCGAUAUAUAGUGGUGAUCCCUGUCAGUGGUGUCGAACUAUUUCGAUGGUCAGCUUGAAGGUCCCUUGAGAUGGCUCGAAAUGGUCUUACCGCUCUUGCAAGCUUUUCGACGAAACAACGAAGGAGGCAGGCUUCCUCCAGGCUCAGCGGCUGAGACGAACUUGUACUUAAAAGCGUAGUUGGACUAUGCAGUUCGAGAUUCAUCAUAGAAGGAAGUGUAUCUGCUUGAUAUAGCUGGGGGCCGUACCCACUGAAGGGUGACUGUUCAUCAGUCCCGCUAGGGUUCGCAUAGUUUCCUGUGGCCUCUUCAAGAGAGGCGUGCUCCCAUUGCGUUGAGAAAGCAGGAAGGGAUGCCGAUCCAUAAUGUUCAGUAGCAAGAUUUGAUGGUCCACUUGGUGAUGAAGUAAGUGGCAGUUGAGAAAGAUCUUGAUGACCUCGGGAUGUCCCAAAAGCAUCUGGGGGCUCCUCUGAAAGUCCUUCAGCCAAAGAGGCCUCGUACUCGCCGGCUGUAUGCGUGUUAUCUUUUGAUAGCGUCUGCAAAACAGAAGCAGCGAAAUCCAAACUCUCUGAUUGAGAUCCAUUUUGAGACGACGGAGAUUCAGCGGCUGUUGAACGGGAGUGGCGGGAAGCAGAGUUUGUUUCGUCGACAAAGGAAAUUGUGUUUGAUUUUUCUGUCAAGCUUGGUUAAAACAAUGGCAAUUUCGUAGAUUGAUCGGACUGACUCUGAUUCGAUGUUUCUAUCCAUGUUUGGUCCGGAUCAAACUUGAACGUGUUUUCGCUCGUGAUGAGCUUUUUGAUGCGGAACCUUUUGGCUCGAGCGCAACUGAUAGAAACCUUUUUACAAUUGGCGCAGGGAGUUUCAUUAUCGCCUGGAUACGCCAGUCUAAGGUAUUCGGCCCUCAAAGAUAUUUGGGAUACAUUUUAGAUGCUUUUCUGCGAGUGGUGGUCAGCUUGAUCAAGGUAUCCUUGUAAGCUUUGACGAACCUCGACAUUGAUCGCAAGGAUUAGUACGAGUCCGAGGCGCCGAACUCAGGAUUGUUUAAAGAUUGGAGAUGAGAUGCAAGAAGGACGAGACGAAUUAGGAAGGAUUUCGCCGGAUUUGCAAGGAGAGAAGCGUGGAGUUGGCAUACGAAUGAAAUCUCGAAUCUCGGGGAGUAGGCCGAGUUCAAAGCAAGGGUGUAAAAUUGGCGUAAGGAUGACUUUGGUUCACUGCUUCCCCGCAUUUUAGCGGCUCUGAUGACCUAACGCGGUCGAGUUAGUGGAUUGAUCCACUACAGCUACCCGGAACCAAGAAUGACAGCUAAAGAUUUGUAACUACCUUACACCACUACGCUCUUUUAAAACAAUGACUUCUCAAUCUCUACAAGCAUUAAAUCUUACUAUUGAUGUAAAUACUUUAGAUGCCCAAGUAAGGGCAGACGCUAUAUAAAGAUAUCUUGCA